UGGGUAAUCUUAUGGUACUUAUGGAUAAUCGGGAUAUAAUUUUUUAUUUCCUCGGACGAGUUAUGAUAGUUAUGAAUAAACCUUCAUAAAUAAACAUACUACCGCACACUGUUUUUUUUUUAAGUGUACAAAUAAAAAAUGAUUAGAUGUUAUCAUAAUUUAUUAUAGAACAAAAUAGUCGUGUACAUAAAAAUGGUCAUUAUUCAGCGUAUUCGAUACUUUUUCUUUUCCCCGUUUGCACAUUUAUUUGUUCUUAAUCAUAAAAUCUCUCGUGAUUAUACAUUUGCUUAAAUAAGAAGAUGUUAUCGUACCCUUUUCAUAUAGUGCUAAUUUAAAACUUUUUCAGUGCGCGUGAUUCCUCUAAAGGGUUUUCUCGUUGUGUUUCCGCUCGCGAGUACGCGAGUUAGCGUGAUCCAGAACGUCGAUCUGUAUCACCUGCGAAAGAUGUAUUACUUACAGUUGGUCGUGCUUUGCGUGACGAUAGCCAGUGUUAUUGGUGAUCUGCCACCGGGCACGCGACGCAAUACGUAUCUACCACCAGAGAAGAAAGGUUACACAUAUAGCACACCAUCGGUGCCAUUUCCGACGCCGAGCUUCCCUGGACCUAGACCGACGCCAUCCUUCCCCGGACCCAGACCCACGCCAUCCUUCCCUGGACCCAGGCCCACGCCGUCCUUUCCCGGACCUAGACCGACACCAUCCCUUCCCUGGACCCCAGACCCGACUCCUACUUAUCCUACAGGACCUACUAGACCAACAAUGAAAAAAAUGGACAUAGAAUAA